AAUCAGGUUUACGGAUACUGGCACGUGGAGCGGCUACCUUGGGAAGCGUAGUUGCUACAGCAUCGUCUUUAGUGUAUUACCAAGAGAGAAAAAAAUGAUGGAGGAAAUAGACGAAUUGCCUCCCCUUUCCGAAGAUCUGGUGCCCUGCAAAAUAUGUGGGAGGCGUUUUUUUCCAAAGGUUCUUAAAAAGCAUGUGCCCAUCUGCCAGAAGACUGUAUCAAAACGAAGAAAGGUGUUUGACUCUAGCAGGCAAAGGGCAGAAGGAACUGAUAUUUCUACAGUGAAACCUAUAAAAUCAAAGUUACACAGUUCUACCAGCAGCUCUAAGUCUGAUAAACCUGAACCACCCAAGAAACAGUCCAACUGGCGUCGGAAGCACGAAGAAUUUGUCGCCACUAUUCGCGCCGCCAAAGGCUUGACUCAAGUGAUGAAAGCUGGAGGACCUCUUCCUCCACCCCCUCCUCCGUCCUACGAUCCAGAUUAUAUCCAGUGCCCAUAUUGUCAGCGGCGCUUUAGUGAGAAUGCAGCGGAUCGCCACAUUAAGUUCUGCAAGGAACAAGCGUCACGGAUCUCCAACAAGAGCAAGUUUCCUGGAAGCGAUAAAGCAAAACCCCCUGCCAGGACUCAGCACAAACCUCCUCCACCAAAGAAAGCAAAUUCCCCCGCUGCACCUGCCGUUUCUUCUCGUCUACCACAACUCUCGGCUUAUGGGCAAGGUGCUGGCACAGGCAUUCCAAGCAGCAAAACCUCUUCCACCGGCUCGGCCAGAAGCGUGUCAUCGGGAUACUCUCCUUUACGGAAUACGUCCUCUGGCCUGUGCAGCCCUCCCUCUGAAACCAACAUGAAACCUAAAGGCUUGGUUUCGCAAAGCUCCCUGAAAAAUCCCCCCUCUGGAAUCGGGAUGAACAAGAAGAAGGUCCAAAAUGCAGACAACUGUAUUUCAAGGAAUGAUGUGAAGAACGAUAUAAAUCACUCCACGACAGGCACCAAGUUCUGCCAUGAGUGUGGGACCAAGUACCCAGUGGACUGGGCCAAGUUCUGCUGUGAGUGCGGGGUAAAAAGAAUGCACAUUUAA